AUGGCAAGCCUUGGUAUAAGUGUAGAUGGAAACAAACUCGAUGUCUCAUCUAGAAAAUUCACAUAUGGAGGUACAAUUAUAGACAGUGGAACGAUCAUCACUCGAUUGCCACAAGUGGUAUACUCUGCACUUAGUGAUGCUAUUAGACAGUCCAUGACGAAUUAUACAUUAUUAGAAGAUGUCGAUGAGCUCCUAGACACCUGCUAUCACUUAGAGGGAAACGAACCAUUUGUGUUACUAGAGAUUAAAUUCCAUUUUGGAGAAGAGAGUACUAUUGAUGUGACUUUGUCAAACAGUGGAACUAUAUGGAAGAAACGUGAUACAGUAAAUUGUUUGGCUUUUGCUGCAACGGAAAGCUAUACUAAUAGUAAUAGCAUUAUUGGUAUCGUUCAACAACGUGGAUUCAAUGUGCUUUAUGAUUUGGAAGGGGGAAGGAUUGGAUUUGGCCGUAGUUGUGCUAGCUAGUUGAUCAGAGCCAGAGCCAAAAUUUCAUUUUUCAUGUUCUUAGCAUAACUUGUGUAAUCAAACUUAAUUGUUAUU